AUGACCACAGACUGGCACGCCGAAUGCGUCAAAAAAUACAAUGCCCUUCCCAGAAAGCGUCUUGCCCCCUCAGGACUAGUGCCCAACGUCUGGCACUUUGACUUGCGCUACAUCCCGCUUUCUCCUCCUUCCCAUAUGCUCUUUGUUUUCCAAAAAGAAAGCCAAUUUGUACACCAACAAAGUCUUCCUGUCGGAACCAAAAAGAGCAUUAAAAAUGCAUUCGGUCUUUCUUAUUUCCCAGAAACAGCCAAAGAAGCUGCGCUUGAAAUUUGCUUGGGUUUGAUGCAUUCGUUCAAUACCACUUUCAACCAAGAGAUGACUCCUGGACCCAUGAUGGACCCUUACGCACCUUGGAAAUUCACGACGGACGAUCGUGCGCUUGCACAGGCUGUGCAGAAGCAAUUCAAAUCCCUCGGUGUCAAAGAGGAUCGAUGCAAAGUCGGGUUUGUUGACAUAACUCAAGAGGCUCAUGAGCGAUUCGAUGGGCUUUAUAAGUCUUUGGUUGCUGUGCUCGGUCUCCCUGAUAUCGUUCGCGCAGCUCUUGUGACUCCGAGCGCUAUUGGAUUCUCUGGUCUUCCUCCGGCUGACCCAGAAGCGUGGUUGAUGAAUCCUGGAUCAUUACAUGGAACCCCAGAGGAAGUAGAGUUUCAAAAAAUAAUAGGCUAUUCGCAAGAGUUCAUGAAUAAUGAACCUUUGCCUGUGAAUAGUGGCAAUGGAUUGAAUCGUUCUUCUAAUCUUAUGGAAACUUUGGAAAGGAUCAAAACCGUCACAACGUCUACAUCACUGGAACAAGUUCAAAGGAGAGCAGAUGCAGGAGACUCUCAGCAUGCUAUCGACGCAGCUUUGAGGCUGAAAUAUGGCCUCAAAUCUCUCAACGAGAACGCGAACGCUCAAACUCGCUCUAUGGCUCACUCCAUGCUAAUUUUCUGGUACACGGCUGGCCGCGAAGACACCGUUCGCGCUCGAUUCGUUUUCGCUGCUGCUUAUCACGCUAACGAGGCUGUCCGACUAGUCUCGGAAAAGGCUACGGGAUCCGAUGAAACUCCUGUAUACUGUGCAUCAGCUAAUGCUCUCUUAUUUGCCAUGAACACAAUAGAGUCUCUCACCAAAGAUAUGACUGUCCCCGAGCUUCUUGUGCAUUCCAAGUGGGUUAUCCAAGCCUCUGAUGAGAGGAAAGCGUAUAUGCACCUUGAGCGGUUGGCUGCUGAGAAGAAGAUGAUGAAAAAGCCGAAUCGGUACCGGUGCGCGAAGUUUGGAUGUGGCAUCGAGGCGGACACAGGAAAAAUGUUAUCUCGAUGUUCUGGAAAAUGUGACGCGGACAAGAAGCCUUAUUACUGUAGCAAACGGUGUCACAUUCCGACCAAUCAUAAAAAUGAAUUUUCUCUCCCAGAAAAAGAAGACUGGAAGAAUCACAAACUCUUCUGCAGACAAGGUGCUCCAUGCUCCGUCAUUGACCCGGCUACUGCUACGGUCAGCGGAGGAGGUACCUCCCAAGGUUCAAUCCGCGUUCCGGUCCACCAUGCCGAUGGCACCACUUCUCUCCUCUCGACUUCGACGAUGAACCCAGAGAUGUUGAAGGAGAUGGGAGCAGCUCUGAAAGAUGCAAAGGCGAGAGCCGGGUUGAGUACCCUCAGGAUGGAUCUGCAUGAGGUCGAUUAGGAAGACUCAGGAAUUAGAGUAGGAGGAUUGAGGUUGAGCUUUGACCGUCAAAAUAGCCACACGAAGUCAGUACAUAGGAUAGACGAUAGAUGAUAUUGCGUUGAUAUAUCUGUCGAUGAAGAAAUCAUAUACAUGUGUUGGUGAUACAAGAUAUGGAUGUUUCUGUUGGACGAGCUACAGAGCAACUUAGCAAAGCAAUGGAUUUGAAAAGCCGCGCCUCUAAUCUCAUUGCUGCCGUAGAAAAAUUAGAAACAGAAACUCGACCUUUGGGAUGCACUCAAGCAUGAAGUACAUAUAGCGAUGAUAAUAUUAUACGUCGGUCGGUGGUGGUGAUACAGGAUAAAGACUGGAUAUGAUUGUGA